AUGGAGAUCACUCCAUCAGAUCUUGACAUGGCUGCAUUUAAUCUGGAGCUUGCACCAACAGUCGAGCCUCAGAACAUAGACCCCAACUUGUUCAAUAACGGGUUGGAACUUGAUCAGCCUCUUCCAGGCCAAGGUACUGGGGUCAUGUCGGAAACUUUAGGCAGUGCAAACUCCCCAUCCCUGACAGAAAUAGUGGACGCUCUUGACUCUGAGCCUCCCUCAUUUUGUCUCAAGCCCAUAUCAAAGUGUCCCAAAGCGUGUUAUGCAGACAUACACGACAUGAGUGGAAUCGUGGAUGCUAUAACGAAGAGCCCAGGACAGACGCCACUCGACGAGAUUCUAUCAUUAUUUCAGAGCGUCUUCCACAAGUCUGCACAGUACCUUGCCUGUCAGAAUUGUGACACCGGUUGUCUUCGUUACAUCAAUCUCGUCAUGCUCCACCAACGACAGGUCAACCUUCUCAGUGAACUUGCAGAAGACCCAAGAGAAUAUCUCAGGAGCGACAUGGCGAGUACUACGUUGGGAGGGUUUCAGCCCUCUAAACAGGAUGACAUUGCGAUAAAGCAGUUGAUGGUCAGACAGGCCACGAGAGAUGCCAUACUCUCGGUUAAUGCUGACCAUGAAAGCGCCAUGGGGUUUCAAGAGAGGUCUAUAGCGGGGACAUUAGAUUUGAGUGACACGGGCAAGCUUAAUGUGAAGUGGCUAGUAGAGGUUUCGGAGAACCUCCGAGGCACUCUUGAACACGUAAAGGUGGUGUUGGAGAAGGACGAUUGGGCUACAAAGUUUCUAGAUACAUAA